AUGGUGAAGCGAAAGCGCACCUUCGACGAGCUCCUCGGCGAUACAUGCGGCGCUUGUCACCAACCAUUCCGAACGACGCAGGGCCUCUGCGCUCACCAGACCAUGAGCAAGAAAUGCUCAUGGUAUAAGAAAGGAAAACUAAAAGAAAUUUUUACCGUCAAGGACCAUCCGGUAGCGUUGGAAGACGGCGUGAUAUCAGAGCAUGUCCCCAAUCCAUCACCUGAAGAGGACGCAAAUGAAGACCUUGAAGAAGAAGAAGAGGACGAUGAGGACCUCUCGUCACUUUACGAUUUCAUAGAGGUCUGCGCACCUUCCAAGCCGCCGGGCGAUCCAGGAGGGUACGGAGACGGACACGAUGAUGUAAGCGCAGGCAAGGUUACCGGCGUAGACGAAGAGGUGCGCAGAAGAUGGCUGGAGGGAAGGGAAGGUGGACGUUCAGUUGUCGAGAACGCAGGAGAAACGCGAGCGGAAGACGCGACAGACGGUGAGGGUACAGCAAAGCAGCCGAAGAACCCAUGGGAGCCCUUCGAGUCCGAGAUGGACUGGCGGUUCGCUUCAUGGGCAAUCCAGGAAGGACUAACCCAGGGUUCCAUAGACAGAGCGUUGGAAAUACCCGGGUUCAAGGAGAGACUCGGCUUGUCAUAUCACAACAGUCGAUCCCUCCUCCAACGUGUGGAUUCUCUGCCCGAGAGGGCGGAGUGGAUUGAACGGUGCCUCUCGUUCAAGGACCGACCGAACGAGAGGCACCUUCUUCAGUUUCGCGACAUAAUCCAGGCUAUACGCACGUUGCUGGGAAACCCGGAACAUACUGAUCAAAUUGUGUAUCGACCCCGGCGAAUCUUUUCAGACGCUUCGAGGAAGCAUCGCCUCUACAACGAGAUGUGGACUGGCCGUUGGUGGCAUGCCGUUCAAGUGAGUGCUCUUACAUCAGUUCAUCGGCCCAAAUUUCUGAAGCACCUGUAG